UUUGGACUUGUCUUUGCUGAUCACGGUGACUCUGCAAAAACAAGUGAUUUCUCACAGGGAUGAUAUCACCACUGAAGAGUAUGAUGGACAGCCAGGUCCUCCAAUCAUUUGCUACUUAUGCCACUAUUGUCGUCCUGAAGAUGAUGCUCAUGUCACCUUUGACCUCUUACUUCCGCCUCACAAGAAAGGUGUUUGCGAACCUGGAAGACACCAAGUUUGUUUCGUCAGCUGAGGACAAGAAACUGGUCCGCACAGAUCCUGAUGUGGAGAGAGUCCGCAGGUGUCACCAGAACGACCUGGAGAACGUUAUUCCCUUCGUGGUGGUCGGCCUGCUCUACGCCCUGACUGAACCUGAGCUUUCAACCGCUCUGCUUCACUUCCGGCUCUUUGCCGGCUCGCGCAUCUUCCACACCAUCGCCUACGUGGGUGCUCUGCCUCAGCCCAGCAGGGGUCUGUCCUGGAUAGUGGGCAUGCUGGUCACCUUCUCCAUGGCUUACAGGGUGCUCAGCACAGUUCUCCUCCUUUAGAGAAAAAACACUGAACACACAAAUAUAUACAGACUUGAAUUACAUUCAUGUUUGUGUGAAUUCUACCUUUACACUAUUUUGCAGGAAAUCUAUUACUGUGAGACAAUGUUAACUCCAGGAUCAAUCACCCUGCCAGUCUUUCUUUGCAGUGCAUGGCAGCAUUUUACCCAGAAUGCAUCUUAUAAUGUUUCAGUAUCACAAAUUUUUUGUUUAUAAAAUAUUCACAAAUAUAUUAAAAAACACAUUGAUUAAACUUAAAAGUAUGUGAAACUGCACCUUUUUAUAUUUUUAAUAAAACAAAGGAAAUGACUCAGGUUAAAAAUAUAAAGGACAGGAGUGCAACACGAAAACAUAAAGAUUCAUCCACCAGCUGAUGUUUGAGUGACUCUCUGUGCCACUACUACUGCAGUCAAAUGCAUUUACAUGGACAGGUGACAGAUUCAGCAGGAUCUCUUGGUCACAGGCUGUUUCUGGGCAAAUGAGUUCAAAAAGUAAAAUGCUGUACUAUAUUAGUGUUACAUAUGUACAGGUUUACAAGUGGUGGCCUGCUAGUCUCUAAACUAUGUCUUUGUUUUAUAUGUUGCUUCAUCUAUUUUAAACACUAGCAGCCUCUUGUCUUAAAACAAUUAGCAAUAGAUAUGAAACAACAGUACAUUACACAGUAGGAAACAAAUGACGUGAUUAAGAUGUUCUACUGAAAGGUCGUCACUGUAAUUCUUCACGUAAACCUCUUCAUUUGAAUUUUGUCUUUGAAGAACAUGAAUCCAACAUUGCAUCUGAUUUUUUUUCUUUCUUUUCCUUCGUUACCCAUCUUGAUGUUACGUAGGUUGUCAUGGCAGAACGUUCCAAGUAACCAUAAAGGGUCACAAGUGUUUACAAGAGUAGCAUCACUGUAGAGUCUGUCCUCAGAUGACCCUCACAUGUAUGACUUCACGUAUUUGGUCCCACAGUUACUAAUAAUAAAAACAUCAAAAGAAAGCAUCAUAAAGACAUGGAGACAUACAAUAAUUAUGAAUGUGUGGAACUCAUAGUUAGUUGAUUAUUGUCUGAUUCAUAACGAUACAGUGCAGAGCAGAUUAUCACAUAUAUAUCAGUGGUAAUGGCUUGAAUCUUUUGAAUUUUUUUAUUGGUUAACUUUCCUCUUGUAAAGCUCAUGUAAAAUUUCUAAGCAUUAAUGAAGACGAACAAACCAUCACGAAUGCAUUAUUUACUGUAAUUCACUGAAGAACUAAUUAUUUAUUCAUCAGAAUAAGUAACACUUUGAAUGAUGAACAAAGCAUUCUCAGGUUCACUUGUUUAUCCUCAAUCAUGUGUCAGGAUCUUUCAGGAAAGUUGCAUCAAAUGACAUUAAUGAAAAAAAACUGAAAUUUAUAUCCUACUCAAUUUAAUAUGGAAACAUAAAUCAUACUGAUAAUACAGAAGGCAGUUCAUUUUAUUUUGUAACAGUGUCCUCAGUCAAGAUGCGUCCUAUGACAUCAGUUGAUCUGAAAAAUAAAUGAAAAUUACGUUUCUUCUUGCUGGUAAUAACACAUUUUAAAGGUAAGCAUUAAUAAUAAUAAUAAUGAUAAUAAUAAAAAUAGCAAAAUAGAAACAAAAAUACAAAUUACAAAUACAAAUACGAAAUAAAUUUUUUCUAUAUAUAGAUGCAGUUAUAUUACACAGCAUGUGUCUGAAACAUUGAGAUUUCAAUCGUAUUUGAAUGUCCAGAUUUUCAUAUUUAACUUAAAUCAAUUAUAAGCAGCAGCAGCAGCAUCAUCAGUAACAGCAGCAGCAUGUAUUAACAGUAAAAGUUAAAGUUAAAAGAAAAUAUUUUCUUUUUCUUGCUGAACUUCCAUUCUAAUAUAUUUCACCUUUUCUACUUGCGUUAAAACGGUAUGUUUUUUCACUGUCGUCAUACAGUUUCCUCUUUUCCUCUAAUUAGCCUGAGACAGAUGCACAACGCAUGAGUGACAUUCAUCUUUUUCGCUUUGAUCUGUGUGAGGUUCAGGUAUUGUGAACAAAAAAUUCCCACAUUUUAUUUCUCAAUGACACAACAGGCACACGUGUAGAUUUUGUCCCUUUCAGCAGCUCGUACAGUAAAACCAUUAAACUCA